AAUCUAUACUCUCUUUACGACAUCGUUUUAUAUUAAUCGUCUCUGUGAAUGAAUAACUAUAAGUGGAGAACCUGUUUGGUUGCCAGGAAUUCCAAGCUAUUUGAAAACCAAAACACUCCUCCGAGGAUUUGUUUUUUAAAUUUUUUUUGUUUGGAAGUUCUUGUCGACCAAACGGAGCGUAAAACGGAAAUGGAAUUCCUGAACAGGAUUUCGAUCCGUUCGGGGAAUCGAUUGCGUGAAUUUUCGUUGAUUUCUCAAAGUUUAGCCAGGGAUAUUGGGGGUUCAUUUUGUGAUUUUCUUUCUAGGAGGUGUAGGAAUUUUGUGCCUACCAUUUCUACAAUUUUUGUUGUUUGGUUCUUCAUAAUUCUUGUUUUUUUGAUCAAAUGUGACGUGUAAGCAAGCAUGUAUGUAAGUUUUGUGACAUUGUGUUCUGCUCCUUAGUUUAUAAACCUAGAGUUCUUUGACUAUAUUAUGCAUCAAUGAGAAUUUGGUAUGUCCAUGUAUUAAUUCACUUUCGAAUCUGCUCCAUAAAUUCAUGUGUAAGUCGAAUUGUUAUGUUUUUAUUUUAGUUUAUUUUAAUUUUAUGUAAUCAUAGUUUAAUCUAACAUUGAAUACAUUUCAUAGAUUAAAUAUGUUUGUGUUUCCUGUAAAUUGUUAGCAUUGUAAAGUAUGUUAAUUGAUUGAGGAGUAUACUUAUUGUUUUCCUAAAAAAAACAUACUAGUCUAAUUGCAUCGGCGUGGUUUUAGUGAACUUCGAAAUAGAUUAGUUCUUACUUAAUUGUCAAGGUUGAUGAUUUUUGUUUGAUCUGCAGUUGGGAAUUUGUAAUGGGUGAUACUAUAUCUGAUAAUAGUUUGAAGGACUUCUACAUUCCAAAUUACAUACUUGUACCCGGGUCAAAGGUAGAAGAUGUUUCCCAUGUACCUGCCUGUCCAGUGAUAGUUUUCAUUAAUUCUAAAAGCGGAGGCCAGUUGGGAGGGGAACUUCUUGUUACGUAUCGAGCUGUACUAAAUGAAAACCAGGUUUUUGAUUUGGGAGAAAAGGCCCCUGAUAAGGUGCUACACCAGCUCUAUGUUACUUUAGGAACCCUUAAGUACAGUGGAGAUACUUUGGCAACUGAAAUUGAAAAGAGACUGAGAAUAAUUGUUGCUGGUGGAGAUGGUACUGCCAGCUGGCUCCUUGGAGUAGUAUGUGAUCUCAAACUACCACAGCCACCUCCAAUCGCAACAGUGCCAUUGGGAACUGGAAACAACCUACCAUUUUCUUUUGGAUGGGGAAAGAAAAAUCCAGGUACUGACUGUCAAUCUGUGGAGUUUUUCUUGAAUCAAGUUAAGAUUGCAAAGGAAAUGAAAAUUGACAGCUGGCAUAUUAUCAUGAGGAUGAGGGCUCCAAAAGAAGGAUCUUGUGACCCUAUUGCACCUCUUGAACUACCCCAUUCUUUGCAUGCAUUUCAUCGUGUCUCCCAAACAGAUACAUUGAAUAAGGAGGGCUACCAUACAUUUCGUGGGGGAUUUUGGAACUACUUCAGCAUAGGAAUGGAUGCUCAAGUAUCGUAUGCAUUUCACUCUGAGAGAAAGUUGCACCCAGAAAAAUUUAAAAAUCAGUUAGUCAAUCAGAGUACUUAUUUGAAGCUUGGAUGCACUCAAGGAUGGUUUUGUGCUUCUCUAUUUCAUCCUUCUUCACGGAACAUUGCACAUCUGACAAAGGUUAGGAUCAUGAAAAGACAAGGUCAAUGGGAGGAUCUUAAAAUACCUCGUAGCAUUAGGUCUAUUGUUUGCCUUAACUUGCCCAGUUUUUCUGGUGGACUUAAUCCUUGGGGAACUCCACAUAGGAAGAAAUCGCAUGAUAGGGACCUAACUCCCCCGUAUGUGGAUGAUGGUGUAAUUGAGAUUGUCGGUUUUAGAGAUGCUUGGCAUGGGCUUGUUUUGCUCUCUCCAAAUGGACAUGGGACUCGUCUUGCACAGGCAAAUAGAAUCCGUUUCGAGUUCCAAAAGGGCGCAGCUGACCAUACAUUCAUGAGAAUUGAUGGGGAGCCAUGGAAACAACCCCUCCCAGUUGAUGAUGAUACGGUUGUGGUAGAAAUUUCACACCUUGGUCAAGUGAGCAUGCUUGCCACCCCAAAUUGCCGAUCUAAAAGUGUGUAUGACCCCUCUUCACCUGUUGGUCACCUUGAUGAAGAAGAGGAUAGUGCUGAAGAAUCCGUGGAAGAUUGGGAAGAACGAAGGAAGUUUGGUGCAGCCGACACUUUUAAAUUUCCCGAUGAGUUUGACAUAGCUCAUCUCAGUUAAUUACCUAAGACCUGACCCAUUCUUCUUUUGCACAUAUAUCUUUUCUUUCUUAUACUUCAUUAGCCUUCAUUUUCUUAUUGCGUUUGAUUUAUUUGUAGUAGAUGCGAAUGUGAUCCAAUUAAGUAUACUGGUAUGCUAUUGGCAGUAUGCAUUCUUGUAAACAGCUUUUCUUGCCUCUGUAAAUUUGAAAUUCUUUAACAGAAUUACAGUCAUAUACAUGUAUAGUUUUUUGAAAACAUCCCA